AUACAAAAUGGUGUCUUGGCGGUUCAAUUUUCCGGUAAUCGGCGACACAUCACGGCUUAUGCAUAUUGGAAGGACCAUAUCUCCGAUGGUGGCGGUUUCUUCCUCCUCUCAUCUUCAUCAACGGUCUCUCAGAUAUGCGGUACUUGGUGCGGGCUUUGCUGGAUUAUCAGUGGCAUGGCAUUUGCUGGAACAAAGUCCUAUCGAGUUGCAUAUUUGCAUCGAUGUUCUGGAUGAGGUUGGAAUUGGGGGUGGUGCUUCUGGAGUGUCUGGAGGGCUACUUCAUCCUUAUUCUCCUAAAGUUAAGCCUCUUUGGCGGGCAGCCGAGUGCUGGGAAGAGAGUUUAAGGCUUUUAAGCAUUGCUGAAACAGCAAUAAGUUCAAAGGAAUUGGGUUUGAACAAUGGAGAACUUGCUCAGAAUUCUAAUGGGUUUAUUGCACGGAGAAGGGGUAUACUGAGACCAGCAAUCAGCUUGAAGAACAUGAGCAUAAUGAAUGAUAAGAAUGCUCAAAACUCUCUGGCCGGUUGCAGAGUACAGUGUAUCAAUGAAGAUGAAGCCCGAACUUUAGUGCCGAAUAUUUGUGUACCUUCCAACUCGGCCUUUUAUAUGCCUGAUGCUGUAAAUGUACAUCCCCAAGGCUAUCUUGAGGCCCUAUAUGUAGCUUGUGACACUCUAGCAAAAGACAUGUCUGCUGCGGGUCUUGGUGAAAAAGAGAUAAACUUUCACAAGAGGUCCAUUGGCAAUCUCCUUGAACUAGAAGGGGAGUACGAUGCAGUUAUUGUAUGUCUGGGUGCCAGAUCCACGUUCCUCCCAGAGCUCUCAGGAAGGCUGCCGUUGAGGACUUGCAGAGGCAUCACCGCCCACUUGCAUCUGCCUGACAAUAUCAGAGAAGAAGUUCCAGAACACAGUCCCUCAAUCUUGUCAGAUGCAUGGCUUGCCAUCCAGAAUCCUCGAAACUUAUACAUGGGUUCUACGUGGGAAUGGAAAUCUUGCAACUAUGCACAAAAUGUGUCGAUGGAGGAAGCUUCAAAAGCUUUGGAAGAACUUUUGCCGAAAGCAGCUGCAAUAUAUCCAGGCAUAACGAAAUGGGCUUUUGAAGGAGCAAGCGCAGGUCUAAGAGCAAUGCCACCUCUAACAGGUAACGGUUCUCUUCCACUUUUAGGUUGUAUAGAUGAUUUUAUCAGCCAAACUCAUGCGAGCAAGUUCUGGUUAUUUUCUGGCCUCGGCUCUAGAGGUCUGUUGUAUCAUGCUUGGCUUGGGAAACUGAUGGCAAAAGCUGUGCUGGCUUGUGAUGAGGGAGUAAUACCCUCUGAAUUGACCUCUUGGAGAUCAAACCUAAUCAAGAAAGGAUAGUAGUUUUUCUU